CAGAGGUUGAAAUGUUAAAACUGCAAAUCGAGCUGCUGAAGCUGCAGAGCGAGAGGGAGAAGGAAGGGAGAGGAGAGAACACAACACCAGCCGCCAGCAAUGACGCUGGCGUCAUGUUGCUAAAUGCCGCCAAAGACAUGUUGCCAACAUAUCAUGGCAACAUUUCUGGAAACAACGAUGACGUCACAACUUGGAUCGCGCAGUUUAAGGCCGUCGCAAAAGUGAACAAACUGAAGGAUGAGAAGCUACUAAUGCUGCUAAUGUCGAAGCUUAAGGACAAAGCAUUGGUGUGGCUGCAUUCGAGUCCGGAGCACAUGUCGCUGCCAAUCGAUCAAUUGUUGAACGUCAUGGAAGACACUUUCUAUCCCAAGGAAAGCAAACUGUUGCUCCGUCGCAAGUUCGAGUCCCGUUCCUGGGCACGUGGCGAGGAGUUCUCGAUGUACUUCAACGCCAAAGUGUCGCUGGCAUCCCGCAUAGUCAUUGACGACGAGGAGUUUAUUGACGGAGUCAUCGAAGGUAUCCCAGAUGUAGGCCUGCGUAGGCAAGCCCACAUGCAGUGCUUUGGCGCUCCAUAUCAACUACUCAAGGCGUUCGAGAAGAUCAUGCUGCCAAAGAAGUACGGUUCAACUGAAGGGGCAAACACUGGAGCCUCGCCAACACCCAUUCGCUGCUACAACUGCAACUCUUUGGGCCACGUGGCAGGGGAGUGCCGCAAGCCCAAGCGCGAAAGAGGAGCGUGCUACGGAUGCGGCAGCAUGAGUCACCAGGUGUCACACUGUGACGAAAAGAAGUACAAGAGUGCCUCAUCGACUCAGGGAGCCCAAUAAGUUUUAUGAAGUUAUCGUGUCUAGAGCACCAGUCGGAAAAUAACCUAAAUAAAGUGGAAGAGCGCUCACGAUUAAGUUCGAACGAAAUCAAAGAAGAUGAUUUAAGUUUAUAUAA